UGUUGCAGCACUUCCCCGUUGUGAACUGUACCUGUUAUCAGAGCAUCGCACUUUGGUGACUUCCGCAAUCCAACAUUCAAGCAAUUACCAAACCAAGCCGCUGCCUGCGUCUAUCGCACGGCAUCUUUCAGCAUCCUCAGCCGAAAACAAAAACGGCAAGUCACACAGGGAUGCGACAGCCACCAAAGAUGCGCUUCGCUCGCCAUCUGCAAGAUGACAUUCCCAAGUACGCCCGGGGGGCCUGCCGCCAAACGCAGGCGGACUGAAGAAGCCAAUGCCACUCUCCGCAAGCCGUUCCGAUCGCCGCUCAUAAGCCGGCCGCCGAGCAACACGCCAGGCACGGGCAACGAGCAGAGCUCACAACCCACUCGCCUCAGCUCUACCGCAGCAGCAGCAGCAGCACCGGGAACCACCACCACCCCGGGCGCCCCCGCCGGCACGCCGCUGCCGGCGCGCAGCUCCCGCCCGCCACCACCACCACCAUCAUCAUCAUCCGCUCCCUCAACCUCCCGAAACAAACCCGCGCACAACCCGCCGGCGAAGACGGACCGGCAUCCGGGAAGCGCCUGCGCCACCACCACUACAACCAAGCCAGGUCCCAAACCCGACGACAACACCCCUGCACAGCCAGCACCCGGAGGUGGAAUCGGAGCCGCAGCCGGAGCCGGAGCCGGAGCCGACGACGACCCGGACCCCGCAGUCCUCCUGCAGCGCCUCGCCGCGUCCGACCGGGCCAUGCGCGCCCGCCUGCGCGCCGUCCGGCAGCGGCUGGAGCUGGUGCGGCAGGCGGCAAGGAUCGAGCAGGCAGAAGCAGCAGCAGCUUCUGCUGCUUCUGCGGCGGCGGCGAGGCGGGCUGGUGAUGAUGGGGGUGGUGGUGGUGGUGAGGAGGGGGGUGGUGGUGAGCGUGGUGGUGCGGAGGGUGGUGAGGAGGGGGGGAGUAAGGACUUGGUGGGGAUGAUUAGCAUGUGGAAGCGGGCAAGCCGGCUGGCAGCGGAGGAGCUGUUUGGGCUUAUUAAGGGGCGGGUGGAUGGGAUGGGCGGGGCAAAGGCCUGGAGGGAGAGCCGGAAGCGGCAAAGGGAGCUUUAUGGUGGUGGGUUUGGUGAUGAAGAGCAGCGGCUGUCGGCUGGAUGGGGGAGGGGCGGAGAGGAGGAUGGGGAUGGGAGUGGAAGGGAAGAGGAGGGCGAGGAGGCAGAGCCGGAGGAGGAAAGCGAGGAGACGGAGUUUACGAUGCUGAUGAUGCUCAAGAGCCUGAACAUCGACCCGCAUGUGUUGGGGUACGAUCCAGUCGAGGACAAAUGGGAGGACUGAUGCUGGGGCUUUGCUAAAGAGCGAAUCUACGACGGACGGCUGGAGCUCACGCUCGUCAUGGGCCACGACAGGUGAACAACCCGUUCUAUGCUACCCAAGUCCGAGUCUGUUGAGCCAGGCUGCAGGAACAACGUCGAGGUACGGAAUAAACAUAUGGGAGGCACAGGUACAAGUCAGGAAUCACAUCGACCGCUCAAGUUUGCGGCUCUGUAUUCCGUGGUCAAACUCCCCGUCAUUGACGGGGGUGUGUUGUUGAUGUUGAUUGCGUGCGACCUGGGAUCAGGUGGAUUUGACCCUGUCAGUUCCCAACUUAGCUACUUACAUAAGCAGCUCGCCCGUUUGGUCCCGCAGUUCGGGCGUGGGCUCUGCGGCAGUCUGCAAUUGGAAUCGCACGCCAUCUGAUUGGCCAG